GAGCUGCAGAAGACAGCUGUGUUUGGCGUGGUAUUUUUAAACGCAUCAAUGCUGCUCCAAUCCGCGCGCCUCGCCUGACCUAUUUUUAGCCGGGGUUGGCUAUUGUUCUAUUUCUGUCACCUGUGGGGCCACGCAGUUGUUGAUUCACAAGCAAAUGAAGCUCACUCCCUCCCCGGCGCGCGCUGCUUUCACAUUCGCGGGAGCUCCCCUUUCUGACACGUCGCGGAGAGGAGCAGGCAGGCGCUCACUGGCGUUAGUGUUUGGGCGGCGGCUGAAGGCAAAACGGCGCCUCGCGCAGAGAGCGCUCCUGCCGGUCUCAGAGGAAGAGGUGGAGGAAGGAAGGAAGGCCGUCGCGGCGGUCGCUCCCCACCCAAGCGGCCGAAGGGGGGUCUCUCUCUCUCUCUCUCUCUCUCUCUCUCUCUCGCUCUCGCUCUCGCUCUCUCGGUGAGACGGCGUGCGACGAUGAGCGCUGAGCGCUGAGCGGAGUAUGCUGCAGACCAUUUACGAGGGCGAGUCAAGUUUCUCCACAAUAGACGGUCGCGUCGGAGCCCGGCCGCUGCCCGAGCACAGCAGGAUGCGCAACGUGAACAGCUCAGUGGAGAUUAAGUCAGACGUACCGCUGGUUGGAGAACCCGUAUCGCCGUUGGACCUGCGCACAGACCUGAGGAUGCUGGGCCCGGGCUCGGACCCGGGACUGUGGGAGCGGCAGCUGCAGCAGGAGCUGCUGCUCAUCCAGAAGCAGCAGCAGAUACAGAAGCAGCUGCUCAUCAGUGAGUUCCAGAAGCAGCAUGAGAAGUUGACCCGUCAGCACCAGGCUCAGCUCCAGGAGCACCUCAAGCUUCAACAGGAGCUGCAGGUGAUGAAACAACAGCAGGAACUCGCGGAGAAGGAGCGCCGUCUGGAGCAGCAGCAGCAGCAGCAGCAGCUGCUGCAGCACCAGCAGAACCAGCAGAACCAGCAGCACCAGCAGAACCAGCAGGAGAAAGAGCAGGAGAGGCACCGGCGAGAGCUGCACAUCUCCAGCUUGAGCCUGAGGGCCAAAGAGCGCUCCAGAGAGAGUCUCACAGGUGCAGUGGCCAGUACGGAGGUGAAGCAGAAACUCCAAGAGUUUCUGUUGAGCAAAUCCGCCAAGGACCCUGGCAGCAAUGGCGUCAAUCCUUCAUUCAUCCACCACCCCAAACUCUGGUACAGGUCCUCCCAUCAUACCUCGCUGGACCAAACCUCUCCGCCUCUGGGCGGCUUGUCCCCUACCUGCCACUACACUCUGCCGUCACCCGUUGACGGAAAGGACGAUUUCCCCUUGAGGAAGACAGCCUCCGAGCCAAACCUGAAGGUGCGGUCCAGACUUAAACAGAAAGUAGCCGAGAGGCGUAGCAGCCCCAUGCUCAAGAGGAGAGACGGCAACCUGGUGACGCCUUACAAGAAGAGGGCACUCGAGCUGAUGGACUCUACGCCAACUAAAAGUGCCCCUGGCUCGGGCCCCAGCUCCCCCAUCGGGGCCUCCAGUGCCUUGGGGGCAGAAAAUGGACCCUCGUCUUUGCCUACCACCACAAAAACUGAGCGAUGGCCUUCACAUCCGAGAUUAUUCCGACCUGAGAGCUCCGUGUCUGCGUUGAGUUUAUACACAUCUCCGUCCCUACCGAAUAUCUCUUUUGGAAUUCCGACCGCGUCUUCACCUAUUAGCGCGGCUGUGGGCUUGAAGGACAGAUCAAUGGAGAGCAAGCACGGACUGCCGGGGCAUCUGCUGGGUCCUGUGCCCCUUCAGAACGGCGUGGAGUCCAAAGUGAGCCCCAGUCACCAGGCUCUGCUCCAACACCUCCUCCAGAAGGAGCAGAUGAGGCAGCAGAAGAUGCUUUCCACUGGUCCAGGCUCCUUGCCAUCCCACCCUCCGUCCCCUCUGGCCACGAAGGAUCGCCCGCCCAGCAGUCGGCCGAAACUACCCAAACAUCGGCCCUUGAACAGGACCCAGUCGGCGCCGCUGCCCCAGAACGCGCUGGCCCAACUUGUCAUCCUGCAGCAACACCAGCACUUCCUGGAGAAACAGAAACAAUACCAACAGCAGAUCCAUAUAAAUAAGCUGCUGUCCAAGUCCAUCGAGCAGUUCCGUCAGACCAGCGCGCACCUGCAGGAGUCCGAGGAGGAGCAGGAGGAGCCGCUGCGCCGAGAGCAGCCGGAGCGCAUGCAGGAGGACGGGCCGCCCCCCGGAGGAGUCAUCCGGAAGCACACGCUCGGCGGCGGCGGCGUGGAGCUCCCCGACGCGCACUACGGGGUCAUCAAGGUGAAGGAGGAGCCGCCGGAUAGUGAGGACGAGGGCUUGGAGGCGGAGAGGAGCGCCUAUCUUCACCAGGUCAAAGGGAGGCUGGUGAUUAGAGCCAUGAUCUGAGGAUUGCGGGGAGCAGGUCACACACUCCGACAUUCGCAGAGAAACAAACACCACAUCCCUGUAGUGCACACACACACACACGGCGGCACUGUAGGCCCCUCCUUGUCACCGCAACAAACCCUUUUCCACUCAGUUUCAGACUCUGUCCGUGAUCCUCAUGUAGUAAAUAUGUAGGCUACAUUGUUGUGUAUAUAAUACAAAGACAAACGAGCUGCUUAUGGUCGUUUGGAGUCUGCUCGGCUGACGGAAGAUGAUGUACGCGCCCGUGUACUGCGGAUUUCGCAUCAUCUAGGGGUCAGGCUAAACAGGUGCACGGUGUGGACGAGCCAAGUCGCGCUCCCUUCGUGCACAUUUCCACCACUGAAUUCUCCUCAGCACUGAAUAUGAUGUGUUUAAGGGACGGGCGAGGAGGGGGGAAUGAACACUAUACGUACUCUGUCAUUCUGGAAAAUCUACACUGAUGUUCCAUGUUAAAGGUUGAACAUCUGUCUUAGCGAGAAUGUACAUUUGAAACGGUGACACGAGACGCUACCCCCCCCCCCCCCCCCCCCCGUGUUGAGCGGCGUCGACGGAAUACGGUCCGCUGCAGUUUUUCUAGGGUGAAGGACUAAACCCCAGCGACUCGGCUGCACAUGCGUCGGCCGACGCUCUUUCUAGCAUUGGGCCUCUGUCCGGUCCCAGUGUUAGCUGAGCUCUCCUCCCUGCGGGUCCAAAUCAAACGGCUCCUGCCCAGCUUUCAGCAGAGGAGACGGCGCGAGCGAGCAAGAGAAGAGUGAGAGAGGGCCGGGCAGGAAAUGCCUUCGAGAAGCCAGGAGUUGGAGUGAUUCAUGUGUGCAGGAAUGUUUGCGAGCGAGGAGGGCCUUGGCUUGGAUAAGUAAGGAGUCCAAGGGGCCAGGCUUCACAAUUGAUUUACUGUCAAGGCGAGUUACAAAGUGAGAGGGGAUACGGUCAAGGGAGUCCUACAGUAUAUAUGGGAGAUGGCUUCCUCUCUUUUCUCCAGUGGCAUGCUUACCUCAACAUGCAGGUUUGAUGUAACGCAUUUAAAAAAUAAAAAUGGAAAAAAAAAAAAAAACAAGACGGGACCUUCAUUCUUUUGUCGUCGUCGUUGUUGUUUUUUUGUUUUUUUUUGUCCAUUUGAUCCCAUUUCCCAUGAAAGUGCCCAUUGCGACAUUUAUAGUCUGUCUUAAAAGUGAUCAGUCCUUUGUAUUGGUUAGCUGUAAACCGUCCAGUUCCAUUUGUAGCGUCGACAACAUGUAAAACCGCUGGUGAGAGUCUCUGUUUGGAUCCACGUGAGCUGUCUGUCUUAUGAGCUGUACAAGUCACUUUGUCCAGGUUUUAAUGUGCUGUAGGUUAAGUAAACACCGUCAGAACAACGUGAGUCCUGUUCUCUUGCCUCUUUAAUUGUGAUGAGAAGAAGAACCCCUUGUGUGAAAUGUCA